CUUUUUGGCCUGUCUGUCAGAAAGUCUGUCAGAAUGUUAUAAACAAACAUCCUGGGGAUCCUGGUGAAGUUGGGUGAUUCUUGUUGUGAAACUAAAAUUUAUCAUCAACAUGGGCGGAUGGGCAUUGGAAAUCGGGAAAAUGGCCCUCUACAUGACGUUCCCGGUCGCAAUGUUCCAUUGGUUCAACCAGCCGGAGUAUUUUGAGAAAUGGGUAACCGAUACUCGGAGGCAGCUGUACCCGCCAGAAAACCCGGCGCACCGCGAAGAGAUUCAAAAGUGCAUUCGAAACGUGCGAGACAAGCAUGAUCAGGAACUUCUGAAGGCUCUGGAGGAGAUCGAAAAGAAGGAACACAAAUGAAUCCGCUUGGUACGAAUGCCUCUGCUGAUAUAUGGCGGCUUCUUUAUAGCAUUGUGAUGGGUUGUACAUAACAUUGGUUAAGUAGUAGAAAAGAAAUAUCUAUAGAU